AUGACUGCAAAUGCAGUGAACGAGUGCAGAAUGGGAGAAGGUAAUAGUGAUGUCUGCGUUGUACCAAUAUCGUCCCGAAGUGAAAUUGAAGGCACUGAGGGAACUCUGUCCGCAUUGGUAACGUCUCCUCAUGGCAAGGACCAUAAGAUCGUCUUCUACCGCAACAUCAACGUGUUCUCCUUCGAACUGCUCGAUACGUCUCACCGACAUUCCAUCACUUACCGGUUGGAUGAGCUGCUUUGUGUACGCACGACUUCAGUGAAAGUAAAGAGCGGACUUCCAGUGAUACCUGAGAAUAAGGUAACCUUGCAGAGCUUCGUUUUUUUAAUUUUGGAAAUAGUAUGA